AUGUCCCUGUACCGUAUAGGUGUGGACGUUGGUGGCACCAACACCGACGCGGCCAUCCUUGACAUCAAGGCCCUGGACAGCCCUGGCCGUGGUGUGCUCGCCUCGCACAAGGCCACCACGACCCCUGACAUCACCAGCGGCAUCGAGGAGGCCAUCAAGGCCGUUCUUGCAAGCUCGGCCAUCGACCAAAGCCGCGUCCUCAGCGUCACCAUCGGCACCACUCACUUCAUCAACGCGCUGGUUGAGGCUGAUGCCAGGCGGCUGGACCGUGUUGCCGUGGUGCGGCUUUGCGGCCCUUACACAAGGCAAAUUCCUCCCUUUUCAGGCUUCCCCGUUGGCCUCCAUAAAAUUCUGGAUGGAGGCGUCUACUACCUGAAAGGCGGCCUGGAGAUGGACGGGCGGGAGAUUGCACCUCUCGACCCCGAGGAGAUCCGCAAGGCUGCCAGGGAUAUCGUGGCCGCUGGCGUCAAGGCUGUCGCUCUUGCUGGCGUCUUCUCGCCCCUUGAUCACGAAGGAAUUCAUGAGAAGCGAUGCAAGAAGAUUCUGCUCGAGGAAGCCCCUGAUCUCAAUAUCGUCUGCUCUCAUGACAUUGGUCCUACCGGCUUUUUGGAGCGUGAGAACGCCACGAUUCUCAAUGCUGCCAUCCUGAGAACUGGGCAUCGAGUGAAGCGGGGCUUCAGGAAGGCCAUGGCGCGGCUCAACCUUGCGUGCCCCCUAUACCUGUCUCAAAAUGACGGAACCUUGAUUGACGCCGAGGCGGCCGCCGACUUUCCCAUCAAGACCUUUGCUAGCGGUCCGACAAACAGCAUGACUGGUGCGGCGUUUCUGGCUGGCAUCGAUCAAAAGCACGACGGCAAGCCCAACGGCGCGGCAUCCACCAACGGUGACGCCAACAGCGAGCAAGCACAGAUUCUCGUUGUGGACAUUGGAGGAACGACCACGGAUGUGUGCGCUUUGUUGCCCUCGGGCUUUCCUCGCCAGGCUCCCGGAUUUGUCGAGUUUGGAGGUGUGCGCACCGCCUUCUCUAUGCCCGAGGUCGUUUCCGUGGGGCUGGGCGGUGGCAGCAAGGUCACGGUCGAUGAGACGCAGCCAAACUCCGUUUCCGUUGGCCCUGGCUCCGUGGGACAUCUCAUCCGGCAGCAGGCCAAGAUCUUCGGCGGCUCUACGCUGACGGCGACCGAUAUCGUCGUCGCUGCUGGCAAAGCUGAUCUAGGCGACGCCAGUCUUAUCAAGGACGUCCCUCAAUCGACCAUUGACCUGGCCCGCAAGGACAUCAAGAAGAAGCUCGAGACUGUCAUCGAUCAGAUGAAGGUCUCCGCUGCUCCUGUGACCGUGCUUCUCGUCGGAGGCGGCGCUCUGCUUGUUACCGACGAGCUGGCCGGAGUGGAGAAGUGCAUCUCGCCGGUUCACCAGGGUGCCGCCAACGCCAUUGGCGCGGCCAUCGGUAGAGUCUCGGGCGAAGUCGACACUGUCGAGAUCCUGGAGGACAAGAAGGAGAAGGACGUCCUUGAGGCCGCCUGCAAGCGUGCAAUCGACAUGGCUGUCGAAAAGGGAGCCGCGCGCGACGACGUCAAGAUUGUCGAGGUCAACAGGAUGCCGCUUCAGUACAUGUCCAAGGUCACUAUUCGCGUCCAGGUCAGAGCGGUGGGAAGACUGGCCAUUCCCGAUGACCUGACCCUCCUUCAGAACCCCGAUUGGGCUCUAAACGGCGACGAAGAGGAGGCCGAGGGCCAAAAGGUCAGCGUCCCGAACGCGCUUGAGCCUACGACCAAGCCUAGUCUUGGUGUAGAUAUCGAGACCUACCGUCCCGAUGUCAAGAACGGAGUAUGGUACAUCUCUGAGAUUGACUUGGAGUUCUUGGCCACCGGCUGUGGUGUUCUGGGCACCGGCGGCGGCGGCCCGACAUACUUUGAGUUCCUCAAGAGUUUGGAGGCUCUGCGAAAGGGUGGCAAGGGGAAGAUGAGAGUCGUUUCUCCCAAGGCACUGAAGGAUGAUGACAUUGUCUGUUUCGGUGCCUACUACGGCAGCCCCACCGUCAUCAACGAGCGCAUGUCUGGCGGCCGGGAAAUCAUCGACGCCAUUGAUUCCAUCACCAAGGUUCAAGGCCACAAGGAGUUCCAUGCCUUGCUGGUCGACGAGAUCGGUGGUGGCAACGGCAUGUGUGUUUUCGGCACCGGUGUCCAUUACGAUCUUCCCGUCGUCGAUGGCGACGGCAUGGGAAGAGCCUACCCGACCAUUUACCACGGCAAGUAUUUCACCUUUAGCGUCUAUGGCUAUCCUACGACUCCUUGCGCGAUUACAGAUGCGGCUGGCAAUUCGGCCGUCAUCAUGAAAACCGACUCGCCCGCUAGGCUGGAGAAGCUGCUGCGCGACACGGCUGUUGAGCUGGGACUGACGUGCGCGUCGUCAACGUGCCCGCUUCCGGGUUCCACCAUCAAGGCCGCCGCAGUGCAAAACACGAUAUCCCAGGCCUGGUACCUUGGACGUGCAGUGCAUAUGGCGCGCCGCAAGAAGGCCAACUAUGUCGAUGCCAUCUUCAAUGUCUGUGCUGGAAAGCUGCUGUUCACGGGCAAGAUCGUCGAUGUGCAUCGAUACAUUGGUGGCGGAUAUACGAUGGGUGCUGUCGUCUUGGCACCCCUGGGAGCAGACGAACGAGAGGCCGCCAGCGACAGCAAGCAAAAGGUGCCGACUGAUACACAUAUGGUGAUACCAUUCCAGAACGAGUACCUGUACGCCGCCUACAGUGACGCCGAGGGAUCCAAGGAGUCACAAAAGGUCGUCUGCACUGUGCCGCAUCUCAUCUCGAUCCUGGGCCAGGACGGCGAGGCGAUCGGCUCGCAGGAUCUGCGGUACGGUCUGCGCGUAAACGUCAUCGCGCUGCCAGCCCAUCCGCUGUGGCUCACGGAAAAGGCACUCAAGGUUGGCGGUCCAGAGGGUUUCGGCCUCGACAUUCCCACGAUUGGCGUGGACAAUGACUUUACGGAAGCGAGGAGUGUGAUUGAUGAGUUUGACACACAAGCAUAG